CAAGAAAAAGGUCGCAACAGAACAGAGGAGCGAGGCCAAGCCAAAAGGGAGCGAGCGAAACCGACUGUACAGAGAGCCAGCUUGCAAAUGAAAAACCAGAGCUCUCUCCCACUCCCCUCCUCAAAUUUCAACUAAAACUAAAAUCCAUCUCUAGAAAUUCCUUUUGUUCAAAAGCUCCUCAGGCUCAAACAUGGAAUCCGAACCUCCACCUCCAUCCAUUCCUUGAACAAAAAAUUGAAAUCCCCAAAUGGGUUUUCUUCACAAACCUCCAUCUCUGUUCCUUUUCAUUUUCUCACUCUGCCUCUUGAUUUCGCGGCUCUUUUUCUGCGCCAUAGCCGCAACAGACACCACAACCCUGGUUUUCAAGGGCUGUUCGCAGCAGAAAUCUCAAGACCCGUCUGGGAUUUUCUCCCAAAAUCUCAAAUCCUUCUUUUCCUCUAUGAUCUCCCAAUCUUCCCAGAAACCUUUCUCCUCCACAAGCUCCGGCGAUGGCGGAAAUGCGAUUCAGGGCCUAUUCCAAUGCAGAGGGGACCUCACACUCCCGCAGUGCAGCGACUGCGUGAGCAAGAUUCCGGCUCUGGUGGACAAGCUCUGCGGCCAGGCCGUGGCGGCCAGAGUCCAACUCGCCGGUUGCUAUUUGCGCUACGAGGUGGCCGGAUUCCGGCAAGUCUCCGGGACCGAGUUGCUGUACAAGGUGUGUGGAUCGAUUCAGGUGGCCGGAACUGGGUUCGAAGAGAGGAGGAACGCGGCUUUUGAAAUGGUGGAAAAUGGGGUCAAAAAUGGGGGCGCCCUGUUUUACACCGGAAGUUAUCGGUCCCUUUAUGCGUUGGGGCAGUGCCAGGGCGAUUUGGGCGGCGGAGACUGCGGCGACUGCCUAAAGACGGCGGCGGAGAGGGCCAAUAGCGAGUGCGGUUCCUCAAUUUCCGGUCAGAUUUAUCUGAACAAGUGCUACAUCAGUUACAGCUACUACCCAAAUGGAAUUCCCAGUAUAUCUUCAUCCUCAGGGUCUGGCCAUAAUACACAGAGAACAGUGGCUCUUGCAGUGGGAGGAUUUGCAGCUUUAGCAUUUCUUGUUGUUUGUUUGCUGUUUGUUAGAUCAGUACUGAUGAAGAAAAGAAGUAAGCAUGGAGGCUGACUUCUCUCUCUCUCUCAAUCUUUUUAGAGUCUUGUGAAUGAAGAUAGGGCAUAGUACUUUCUCUCUGUAGUUAUAUUUUAUAAGAUAGGAUUAUUAUUAUUAUUAUUAUAGUGGAAACUAUAUGAUUUUUAUGCAGAGAUUAUAUAGAAAUUUUAGAUGGGUUUUUUAGAUCCAAUGUUGAUUAUUUUUUUUCUAUGUUAAUGAAAAAGAGAUGGGCAAAGUUAGGUGGAGAUUACAUGGAAAACAGUGCUACAAAGAAAGAAAGAAGGACAUUUGUCUUCCUCACUUACCCAAUCUUUACUUUAUAAAUCUCGUCCUUUUUCACUUUAUUUUUCUUUAUCUUGCAGCCAUAUGACUUAAAGAGCAAGAAUGAUUUGUAAUCUUGUGAGACUCCACUUUUUUUUUUUUGAAGAAUUACCAUUUUAAUCUGUUGUAUACAU